AUGGAGACAGAUAAGUCCAAAAACGACGGCGAGAAGGGCCAGGUUCCAGGCGAGAAAUCCGCGAAGAGGCUGCGAAUGAUGAGCCGCAAGGAACAGCUGUGCUUGCGGCCGGGGCCUGGGAGUAUUUACCGGGGUGCCUCAAAGAUGGUACAGUUGAAGGACACCCAUCCGCCAGAGGCAGUGAAACAGGAGCAUCCUGAAUUCUCAAGGUCAUCUUCAGAGGAUGGAGAUGAGGCGGCGCAGAGCCGAGCUGAAGCGGAACGGCGCGUGCGCGCAGAACUGCAAGCACGGCUGAAGGAAGAAGAGAAGACCUUGCCACCUCCAGCAAAGUGGGCCGAGGGAUCUGAGGGGGUGCCGGUGGUUGUACCUGCUCGUGUCCGGGGCCUCAAAGGGUGUAUUCAAUUCAGCGACCUUUGGCAUUGGAUGUUGAUGACCCACGCUUGUCUGGAAAAACUCAUGCGUGCCAAACUGAGCGGCUACGAAGAGGUGAAUGGAAAGUUCGUUGAACAGAAUUUCACAGCGAUGGACCAGUACCUAGCCGGGCUGGGCCAAAACGCCGCGCUGCUGGCCUUGCCCACGCGGCGCGCAGAGGGCGAACGAAAGGCGCGGCUGGAGCUCCAGGAGAGACUCAAGGCAGAGAGCAAAACUUUGCUGGAAGAAAGGGCAAAGGCUGAGAAAGCCAAGGCGGCGGAAGUGGCCAAGAGCAAGGCGAAAGCUGAAGCCAAAGAGGCCAAGGAAGCCAAGGAAGCCAAGGAGGCUGCCAAGGAAGCUGCCAAGGAAGCUGCUAAGGAAGCUGCAAAGGAAGCUGCAAAGGAGGCUAACAAGGAGCCCAAGGAGCCCAAGGCUUCCGCGUCGAAGGUCGAGGAGGCCAAGGCCAAGGCCAAGAGCAAGGUGGACGCGAAGGCGGCGAAGACCAAGGAGGCUAAGGCUGCGGAAGCCAAAAGCAAGGUGGCACCCAAGGCGGCUUCCGGGCUGAGGUGUGCGCAAGUCACAGGCUGGGUCUCUCCCGGGACCUCACCAACGAAGACAGAACAGAACGGAUGGACAGCUGGUUUUUUGGCACCGGUCAUGGUGUCGGAUGGUGUGGGCACCCCUUUUUGA